AUGAAAAGUAUAAAUAUUGGUCCAAAAGUUUUGCUCUAAUAGAAUUAAGUUAAAUAACAAGAUGAUGAUGAAGAUGUACCUGAAGAACCCUCUCCUAUUUUAAUUAAAUAAAAAAUAAUAAAAGUCAUGAAAUACAAUGAACCAAGAUUUGAUGUGAAAGGUAGACAAAUUUUCAAAGGCACUGGUUAUGGAAUAGCAUUUGAUAAUUUUGUAACCGUAUGUGUAUUUAAUCCUGAUGAGGAAGUGUUGUCAAUAAAGGACACAAUUUCUUAAUGUACAAAUAUACAAGAAUAGGAGAAGUUUCACAUCAAAUCUAGUAACAAUAAAAAAAUAGAGGAAUAUCAAAAAGAAAUAAUCCUCAAAUCAAUUCUUAAAUAAACUAAACCAAAUCAAUGA